GCGGUUCAGUAGUGGAGUGGUCGGGAUUUCAAGGAGGAAAACAAGAGCAACUCUGACGGUGGCAGCUCCGCCUCCGGGCAGCUCAGGAUGAUAUUCCGGGCCAGGCUGGGCUCCCCGGGGCAAGAAUCCCAAAGAGGGAGAGAUGUGUUGCCAGCCUUGACAGAGCAAAGCAGGGGAGUGCUUGUGGGCGAGGGCAUGGACCACCCUGUACACAGAGGGGACAUGAUGGCCAUCGGAUUGCACGACAGGUACUGUGCAAUAUCCCUUGUGGAUGACGACGACCCUCAUAUGAAAGUGUCCCUGGGGAGCAGCGACAUGGGGGUCUCGGCCCACCUGCAGGCAUCGAAGACGGGCAACACGCGCUUCUUCACAAGCAACACCCACAGCUCUGUCGUCCUGCAGGGGUUCGAUCAGCUGAGGAUAGAGGGUCUGCUGUGUGACGUGACCCUUGUGCCUGGGGAUGGCGACGAGGCAUUUCCAGUUCAUCGAGCCAUGAUGGCCUCCUCCAGCGACUACUUCAAAGCCAUGUUUACGGGUGGAAUGAAGGAGCAGGACCUCAUGUGUAUCAAGCUUCAUGGAGUGAACCGUGUCGGCUUGAAGAAGAUCAUCGACUUCAUCUACACUGCCAAGCUCUCACUCAACAUGGAGAACCUGCAGGACACUUUGGAGGCGGCCAGCUUCCUGCAGAUCCUCCCGGUGCUCGACUUCUGCAAAGUCUUUCUCAUAUCUGGGGUUUCACUUGACAACUGCGUGGAGGUGGGCCGCAUCGCCAACACAUACAACCUGACCGAGGUGGACAAGUACGUCAACAACUUCAUCCUGAGGAACUUCCCCUCGCUCUUGGGCACAGGGGACUUCGUGAAGCUGCCCUUUGAGCGGCUCGCUUUCGUGCUCUCCAGCAACAGCCUGAAGCACUGCAGCGAGCUGGAGCUGUUUAGGGCCGCCUGCCGCUGGCUGCGCCACGAGGAUGGGCGCAUGGAGCUGGCGCCACGGCUCAUGCGCAACAUCCGUUUCCCGCUCAUGAGCCCGCAGGAGCUCAUCAACCACGUGCAGACGGUGGACUUCAUGCGCACGGACAACACCUGCGUGAACCUGCUGCUGGAGGCUAGCAACUACCAGAUGAUGCCCUACAUGCAGCCCGUGAUGCAGUCGGAACGGACGGCCAUCCGCUCGGACAGCGCCCACCUCGUCACUCUGGGUGGCGUGCUCCGCCAGCAGCUGGUGGUCAGCAAGGAGCUGCGGCUGUACGACGAGAAGGCCCACGAGUGGAAGUCACUGGCACCCAUGGACGCGCCACGCUACCAACACGGCAUCGCAGUUAUUGGCAACUUUCUGUAUGUGGUGGGUGGCCAGAGCAACUAUGACACCAAGGGCAAGACUGCUGUGGACACGGUGUUCCGCUACGACCCACGCUACAACCGCUGGAUGCAGGUGGCUUCUCUCAACGAGAAGCGUACCUUCUUCCACCUGAGCGCCCUCAAAGGACACCUGUACGCAGUGGGCGGACGCAAUGCCGCCGGGGAGCUUGCUACAGUAGAGUGCUACAACCCCAGAACAAAUGAAUGGACGUACGUCGCUAAAAUGAACGAACCACACUACGGCCACGCAGGGACGGUCUACGGCGGCUCCAUGUACAUUUCAGGUGGGAUCACUCAUGACACUUUCCAAAAAGAACUGAUGUGUUUUGACCCAGACACGGACAAGUGGACUCAGAAGGCCCCCAUGACCACGGUGCGGGGGCUGCACUGCAUGUGCACCGUGGGCGACCGCCUCUACGUCAUCGGUGGCAACCACUUCAGGGGCACGAGCGACUACGACGACGUGCUGAGCUGCGAGUACUACUCGCCCGCACUGGACCUGUGGACGCCCAUCGCUGCCAUGCUGAGGGGCCAGAGCGAUGUGGGCGUGGCAGUCUUUGAGAACAAGAUCUACGUGGUGGGCGGCUACUCGUGGAACAACCGCUGCAUGGUGGAGAUCGUGCAGAAGUACGACCCGGACAAGGACGAGUGGCACAAGGUGUUCGACUUGCCCGAGUCGCUGGGCGGCAUCCGGGCCUGCACCCUCACAGUGUUUCCCCCCGAGGACAACACGGGUUCGCCCUCCAGGGAGUCUCCCCUGUCAGCCCCCUGACCUUGGUGGGGCCCAGCAUUUGCACUUCCCCUUCGGGAGUUUUCCGGGACUGUGCCCGGCAGGCAUGGCAGCACACGGUCUUUCACCGAGAAGCCCGCUGGAGGUGGCGUUUAAAACUCACCGUCACACGCUCCACACAGCUUUGGAUUCCACCUUUGCCUCUGCCAAAUGCUCCAGGUCUCGAGUGCAGGUCGGUGGUUUCCCUUCGCUCCCGAGCCUCCUGCCUCCCGGGAGAACGUGCUUCUCACACUACACCCUUCAAACAUGGCUGCUAAACUGGUCUCCGGUUUCUACUCUGCUGAGAAUAAUUCCCCAUUUCUGCAAGGCCUCUGUAGCAGGAAAUCCACUCCACAUGUGAACAGCACGAUGGACCCAGUUCUCCAGUUCUGUCAUGAAACUGCAAAGUUGCCUAAUCUUUUUAUUUUUAAUUUAUUCUUUUCGGUGUUUUUUUUUUUAAAGCCAAAAACCUGUAAGUACAUUGGAGGAGGGUGAUGCAGGUGAGCCUUCCUGUGCAAAAUGCACAUGGAGUUUAAUGGCGUUUAAUUGGCCUCGUUCCUUCUGUCAUUUUCUCUGUGAACCCUUUGGCCCAGGGGGGCCGUUGACACUCUGACCCAGCUCUAACUUUUUCAUUUUAUGAAAUGUAGUAUGUCUGCAAUGUGCUUGGAGCAGUUGACCUGAUGAAGUGGAGAAUAUUUUAAUCUCAGGGGUUGGCCAGCACCACCCUCCCAACUACCUUUCCUGAACACUACGGUUUUGUUUGUUUCUGCAUUAAAAAGAGAUGGCGUUUUCUAAAUUUA